AUGUUUAAACUACUCGGAGGUUUGAAGCAGUACUUCAAAUGGCAGGAGAUCCAGACGGACAACAUCGUGUUUCGAUUGCACAAUACGUUCACCACGGCCCUGCUGCUCGCCUGUAGCCUGAUCAUCACGGCCACCCAGUAUGUGGGCAAUCCGAUCAGCUGCAUCGUUGGCGGCGUGCCGCCCCACGUCGUCAACACGUUCUGCUGGAUUUCUAGCACCUUCACCAUGCCGGACGCGUUUCGUAGGGAGGUGGGACGUGAAGUAGCUCAUCCUGGCAUAUCGAACGAUUUCGACGACGAAGAUGCGAAAAAAUACUACACCUACUAUCAGUGGGUGUGCUUCGUGCUGUUCUUCCAGGCCAUCGCUUGCUACACGCCCAAAUUCCUCUGGGAUGCCAUCGAGGGAGGCCUGAUGCGUAUGAUCGUGAUGGGGCUUAACAUUGGUGCGUGCAAGGAGCAGGAAAAGUGUGCCAAAAAGCAAAUCCUGCUCGACUAUCUGUUGACGCACAUGAAGCGCCACAAGGUGUACGCCAUCCGGUACUGGGUGUGCGAGGCGCUCUGCUUCGUGAACAUAAUCGUGCAGCUGUGGCUGAUGAACCGGUUCUUCAAUGGGGAGUUCCUGUCGUACGGCUGGGAGGUGCUGCAGUACUCGGAGCGAACGCAGGAGCAGCGGGCCGACCCGAUGGUGUUCGUGUUUCCGCGCGUCACCAAGUGCAACUUCUACAAGUAUGGUGCGUCCGGCUCGAUCCAGAAGCACGACGCCAUGUGUAUCCUGCCGCUGAACAUCGUGAACGAGAAAACGUACAUUUUCAUCUGGUUCUGGUUUAUCAUACUGGCCGUCUUCCUCGCUGGUUUAAUCAUCUAUAGAGGCAUCAUCAUCUUCGUGCCGGGCGUACGAUCGCGGUUGCUGAACAGCCGGAACCGGAUGGUACCGCGCGAAGUGGCGAAAUCCAUUUCCUCUCAUUUGGACCUCGGCGACUGGUGGAUCAUGUACAUGCUGGCCCGGAACCUAGAUCCCAUCAUCUACAAGGAUGUUGCGACGGAGCUCUCGAAGCGGAUACAGAUGAACGAUGAUCCGGACAACGAAAAAAAGCGUAUGCACUAAUGGCACCCCUCGUCACGAUCUUGAACGGAAACUCGCACACACAAACACUCGUAGAAACACACUAGUAACCGUAGAGCUGCCAGGAAAUGGGCGAAGACUUCCUGAAACCGGAAUCUCGUGAUCACUCGAAAUCUCGACAGAACGUUCCAAUGCCAGACUAAUAUCAGGUUUCCUUGAGUGCCACGCGUGCAAAAGAAAGGCACGUUUUUUAAGCAACUAUAAACUCAUUCCACGGAUGUUUCAGAUAACGUUUUAAAGAGAAAUGUUUUAUCGACUUUUUAAGAAA